AGGGAGCAGCCAUCAGUCAGUCCCUUUAUCUGGGGCAGCCACGGGGACACUGUCAGAGCCACAGGGGAAAUCAGAGGCGGGGUACAGGCCAAGCAGGAGGAGAAAACAACUUCCCAGUUUCUCUCUCUCAGACACAGAGGCUCUCCCUCCCUGGCCGCCGCCUGCUUUUGGUCAGCGCCCCAGGACCUGUGACUUGGCAGCUGGAGCUGGCAGGGGCUGGACUGGACUUUCUCUGACUCCUCAAGGUCAGCACCAGCUUCACAAGCGCCCAGGUCACCCCCCACUCCCACCCCCCAGCAGUGCGGAUGGUCAGUGGGGGGCUGCGCCCAGACCCCCAGAAACCCAGCCCAGUGGGCUCGGACCUUGCAGCCUGUUUCGGGGUGAGCAGACUUUCUAGACACGUACGAAUGGUGGCCGGCCGCAGGGAUCGCAGCUGAACCAGGGCCCUUGCGUCUGUGUGACUGUGCCUUCUCUUGUGCGCCGUUUGCUGGGAGCCAGCCGGUCGCAGGGGAGCAGCUCUGCUAUCUGCCCACAGCGCAGCCCCAGAUGGAGAACUGCACGUCCGCACCCUCCCCCGAGGAGGACGACUAUGAGGAGUACGACGUGCUCAUCGUGGGGAACCUGAGCGACCACGAGGACGCAGAGCCGUGCGCCCACUACAACGGCCGGCCGCUCUCGGCCCAGCUGGUGCCCCGGCUCUACUCCACGCUGUUCGCGGCCGGUCUCCUGAGCAAUGUGGUGGUGGUGCUGGUCUUGGUCAAGCACAAAGGCCUCAGGCAAGUGGAAAACAUCUACUUCCUGAACGUGGCGCUUUCCAACCUGUGCUUCCUGCUGUCCCUGCCGCUCUGGGCCCACGCAGCCUCCCACGGGGGCGUCCCCGGCGAGCUGGCCUGCAGGUUCCUGGAGGGGCUCUCUGCCCUGGGGCUCUGCGGCGAGGCCCUGGGCUGCAUGCUCCUGGCCGUGCACAGGUGCCUGGCGUUCUCCGCCGGGAGGAGGCUCUCCUGGGCCGCCAGCAGCGUGCCCUGCGGUGUCACCGUGAGCCUGCUGGCCUGGGUCCUGGUCACUCUGUUCACGCUGCCGGAACUCAUGUCACCCAUCCCUCAGAGGGACGGCUGGGCAGCCAGGUGUUCUGCCAUCAGCCCUCUCUUCCUGCCAGCCGAGGAGCCCUUCUGGAAGGACUUCCUGACGCUGAAGACAAACGUGCUGGGCUUCCUCCUGCCACUGCUGGCGCUGCUGGCGCUGCUGGCGUGCUCCGAGGGGCUGAGCUCCCGGGACAGGAGGCACGACCUCGACAGGCUGGCGCUGGCCAUGCUGGCCGUCUUCCUCCUCAUGUGGGGACCUUACAACGUCACACUGUUCCUGUGGACGUACGAGGAACACUUCUCCCUGCAGGACUGCCAGACCGCCUACGCCCUGCACAGGGCCGUGCACGUCACCAAGAUCAUCGCCGACGUCCACUGCUGUGCCAACCCGCUCCUCUACGUGCUCCUGGACCGGGCCUUCAGGGGACACCUUGGCCGCCUCUGCCCUGGGUGUGGCCGCGCUCCACCCUCACGCGAGGCCAGGGACCCGCCCCGAGAAGAACACGGCCACUGCACCGGCGUCUAAGCCGGCAUCCCUCCCUCCGGGGCGGGAGAAACAAAGCUGAAGGCCGCCUCGUGUGUUGCCUGUGCGGUUCUUAUGCCUUUCGCACCUUUUUUAGAAUACUCGGGGAGGAAAGGAAGCAGUCACUGAGCGCCCACCGUCUCCGGCAGGGUGCUGGUGCUCUGGGGAUGUGAGCUUCCUCACAGCUCACCCUACAUGUCCCUGUGUGGCUGUGUCUCCUUCCUCUCAGGAGACACCUGAGGCUGGGAGAAGUGUCUUAGGUCACACAGCCGGAGAGCUCGCUCGGGGCAGCAGCCUCAGGUGUCUCUCUCUCUCUCUCUCUCUCUCUCUCUCUCUCUCUCUCUCUUCCCCCUUUCUCCUCUCUUUCUCUCCCUCCUUCUCUCCUUCCCUCUCUCUCCCUCUCUCUCUCCCUCACCCUCUCUCCCUCUCUCUUUCUGUUUCUCUCACCCUCUCUACCUUUCCCUCCCUUUCUCUCUCUCUCCCUCCCUGCCUGCCUUUCUUUCUCUCUCCAUCCCCCCCUGCCUCUGUGCUUCUUUCUCUUUAAAAAGAUUAUAAGGGGGAGUCGGGCAGUAGCGCUUAAGCAGCAGGUUAAGCGCAGGUGGCGCAAAGCGCAAGGACUGGUUAGGAUCCCAGUUCGAGCCCCCGGCUCCCCACCUGCAGGGGAGUCGCUUCACAGGCGGUGAAGCAGGUCUGCAGGUGUCUGUCUGUCUCUCUUCCUCUCUAUCGCCCCCUUCUCUCUCAAUUUCUCUGUCUCUAUCCAAAAACAAAUAAAUAAAUGAAAAUUAAGAAAAAUAUUAUGAAGGAGUCAGGCAAUAGUGCAGUGAGUUAAGCACACAUGGUGUGAAGUGUUAACCAGGUGUAAGGAUCCCAGUUCGAGCCCCCGGCUCCCCGCCUGCAGGGGAGUCGCUUCACAGAUGGUGAAGCAGGUCUGCAGGUGUCUGUCUUUCUCUCCCCCUCUCUGUCUUCCCCUCCUCUCUCCAUUUCUCUCUGUCCUAUCCAACAAUAAAGACAUCAGUAACAACAACAAUAACUACAACAACAAUAAAACAACAAGGGCAACAAAAGGAAAAAUAAAUAAUAAAUUUUUUUUAUAAAAAAAAAAAAGAUGAUGGUGAGUGUAAGACUGUGUUUAUAAAUCCUUCACACAUCUAUGUGUUACCCUUUCCAGACUAACAAACCUCAAGCCUCACUCCCUGGACACCCCCCAGGCCCAUCCAAAGAACACAGGCUCUUACCUGCCACAUGCCAGGGAGGCCAGUCUUUCCAGCAGGGCAACCUCCUUGGGUGUCAGAGAAGCCCACCGUUGACUCCAAAACACUUCUGUCUCUCCUAGGGGCUGGGCCUCUCACUCUCUGGCUCCCCAGCUCCUGAGGCCUGGAGGGAACCGCCUGGUUGCUGGGGUCAUGGUCAUUGCUCCUGCCCGAGUCCCGCAGACACGGGUGGGGCCUGGGGCCUGCCUCCUCUUGCUUGCCAGCACCCCUGCAGGGUGAGACUUGGAAGCCUGACCUUGGUGCCUGCUGGGAACCCAGGCAAGUCACCCACCCCUGCAGCACCCAAAAGGCAUCAGCCCACAACGUUCCCCUCCGGCAUCAGACACACAUUCACCCCUGAGUUUCUGGCUCCUGUGGUGGAGACCUACUAACCCUUCUAAUAACCCCCAGGGGCGCUAACAUGCUUGGCCUGGGGGACCCUCAAGAGCCGGAGUCACAGGGAGACCGGACUCCCCCAACCUGAGGGGUUGUGACGAGGGGUGGCGGUUAGCCGUGGGGAGGGCAAACACAGGGACUGGAGGAGGUGGGGUUGGCCGUGUGGGAGAGGCAGGACAGGGGACACCAGGGGACACACGAGGCAGCUGGCAGUUUCAGGGAACCGAACGGAAAGACGUAGGUUUCAGUUCCUCUGGGGGCUAGGCGGUGGUCAGCAGGUAGAGUGCACACGCAUUUUCAAGGGCUCAGGUUCCAAGCCCUUGCGGAGGGGAAGCUUCACAAGUGGUGAAGUUGUGCUAUAAGCCUCUCUCUCUCUCUCUCUCUCUCUCUCUUUCUCUCUCCUCUCUCUCUCUGCUCCCCACUCCCAAAGAAAAGAAAGAGAAAAGGGGGAAAGAGGCUGCUGGGAGCAGUGGCCCCUUCCUGCAGGCAGCAAGCCCCAGGAAUAACCUUGGUGGCAGAUAAGUGAACUGAUUGAUGCUGGUGACGUCAGCGGCGCUGACAGGGAGGUAUGAAGCCUCUGCCACCUGGCACCACUUGCUGAGGCCUGCCGGUUGGUUGGUGUGCUCUCCUCAGGGGCUGGUAGAGCUGAGCAUGCCUCAGCUGAGUCAGAGCUCCUGCAGAGGUAAAGAUAGAGCCCACAUGUGUCACUGU